AUGGUCCCCUCAAACAUGAGCUGCGGGCUAGCGUUACAAAGCUGCACAACUUUGUUAUCGGAGCGUUUUUCCCUCUAUCAUAAAGACUCCACGCUUCCAUGUGGGCGCGUGUGGAGUAGCGUCAAAGCCCACGCAAUUCAAGGUCCGGUUUUUUGUACUGAGCUGUUUCCACACCUCAUCCUGAUAUCUCCCUGUCCCUGCCAUGGACUCCUGGUGAGGGAGGGAACGAAGAUUGACCGGUAA